AUGAAGAAACUAAAAGUUCACGCUCAGUUCUGGAGCGAUGGAAAGAUGCAUGAACCUAAAAUGGAAACACAGGCUGACUGUAUAGAGAUCUAUAAAAAGGAGAAGCAAAGAGUGUACGAGGAAUUGGAUAAAUUACCCGGGAAGGUCAGCCUUAGUGCUGAUAGAUGGGCUACUAAUGGAGGCUCAGAGUAUCUAUGCUUGAUAGCACAUUACAUUGAUGAUUCUUGGGAACUAAAGAAGAAAAUUUUGAACUUUUUGUCUGUUGAUACUUCUCAAGCAGAAGACAUGCUCUCAGAAUUGAUCAUGACGAGUCUUAGAAAUUGGGAUAUCGACAGAAAGUUAUUCUCAUUGACUAUUGAUAAUCGUCUCACAUACGACAAAAUUGUGUGUAGAAUCAGAGACCAACUCUGUCAGCAUAGGUUCCUCAUGUGUGAAGGACAAUUAUUUGAUGUAAGAUGUGCAGGAAGUACCGUGAAGUUAUUGGUCCAAGAUGUCCUGGAAACUUCACGUGAGAUAACCAACAAAGUUCGUGAAACUAUACAGUACAUUAAAGGUUCUCGUGCAACACAAGAAAAAUUCGAUGAGAUAGUACAGUUAGUUGGCAUCAAUGGGCAGAAAUGGCUGUCUACUGAUAAUCCAUUUCAGUGGAACUCGACGUAUGUGAUGCUUGAGGCUGCUUUAGAGUACAAAGAAGCCUUCCCUCAGUUGCAAGAACAUGACCCUGACUUUUCUAUGUGUCCUUCUGGCAUAGAUUGGGACAGAAUGAGGGGCAUUACGAGCAUCUUGAAGUUCUUUCAUGAAGUCUCUAAUGUCUUUGUUGGUCGCAAACAUGUCACUGCAAAUUCUUAUUUUGCUGAGAUUUGUGACAUUCAUUUACAGUUGAUCGAAUGGUGCCAGAAGUCAGAUGAUUUUAUCAGCUCUUUGGCAUUGAAAUUGAAAUCAAAAUUUGAUGAGUAUUGGAAGAAAUGCAGCUUGAUUAUGGCUAUUGCAGCCAUCUUGGAUCCACGAUUCAAGAUGAAACUGGUGGAGUACUAUUAUCCCCAAAUCUAUGGUGAUAGUGCUCCUGAUUGCAUAGACAUUGUUUCAAAUUGCAUGAAAGCUCUUUACAGUGGUCAUGCUAUCUAUUCACCUUUAGCUGCUCACGGUCAAAAUUCAUCUUCUGAAAGUAAUGGUAGUGCUGUUAAGGACAGACUUAGUGGGUUCGACAGAUAUCUCCAUGAAACCUCAGUUAGCCAAAACACAAAAUCAGACUUAGACAAGUAUCUAGAGGAACCACUUUUCCCUCGUAGUGCUGAUUUUAGUAUAUUAAACUGGUGGAAAGUUCAUGAGCCAAGAUAUCCUGUGCUUUCCAUGAUGGCCCGCAACAUAUUGGGGAUUCCAAUAUCAAAAGUUGCACUGGAAUCCCUAUUCGAUACUGGAGAUAGAGCCCUCGACCAUUCUUGGGGUGCUGAGAAGUCUGAUACUCUGCAAGCUUUGAUGUGUUCUCAAGAUUGGAUGCGCAACGAAGUGGAAGCAACAGAUCCCAAACCUCCCGUCUUUGCCUUGCACAGCGAUGCAAAUUAGCAAACUUCUGUGCAGAUCUUCAACUAGUUUUCGGGCAAUGGAUGAUGGUGACCUCUCAUCCAGGUGUUAGAUACAAAACUAGUCUUCUCGCGUAUUUAUUUUUGCCGCCUGUUUCAAUGGCGAGAAGAAAGGAUAACAUUAAUGGAGAAGUGGUAUUCAUGUAUAUAAUGAGGGAUUCUUUGUGUUUCAGCUAUAUUUAACUCAUCUGAAGAUGUAUCUGAUAUGCAAGGUACUGCUACAUACCGGAUUUUUGUCGGAGUUCAAUAUGCAGGGCGAUAUAGCAAAAGUUCAUAUUUGUUCAUAUGCUUUAGCUUUGAAUAGGAUCUGUUAAGAUAAGGUGGUCCAAACUUUUUACCAUUUUUCCAAUCAUUUAUCCUAAUGUUGCUGGAAAAUCUGAAGUUCUGACUGACGAUAUCCCAUUGAGCUUAACGUAGAGGUUUAUUUUUACA